GGGCGGUCCCGCCCCGUGACGCCGGUGGCCAUCGCGGCCGCGCCGCCGGCCAUGGCGGCGGAGGAGGAGGACGACGUGGAGUGGGUGGUGGACACGAUCGCCGGGUUCCUGCGGGGGCCCGCCUGGUCCAUCCCCAUCCUGGAGUUCAUGGAGCACAACUGCGAGGUUUUUGAUGAUGAAGAAGAAAGCAAGUUGUCUUACACAGAGAUUUAUCAGGAGUACCAAGCUCUGGUGGAGAGGUUGCUAGAGGACUAUCUCAAAGAGGUUGGAAUCAAUGAGGAGAAGUUUCAAGAGGCUUUUUCAUCCCCACUUGCAAAGACUCACACCUCACAGGCCAUCCUGCAGACAGUGUUGGCAGCAGAGGAUUUUAGGCUAUUUAAAAAAAUGAUGGUGCAGAAAAACAUUGAAAUGCAACUGCAGGCCAUUCGGAUCAUCAAGGAGAGGAAUGGUGUGUUGCCUGAGUGUCUGACAGAGGGUUCUGAUGUGUUCAGUGAGAUAGAGCAAGAAGAAAUGAAAAUACUCAAGGAGGUUCUCAGAAAAUCCAAGGAAGAAUAUGACCUAGAGCAGGAAAGAAAGAGGACUGAGGAGGCACAAGCUAAACUCAGAGCACCAGAUGCCACCCACAGUUCUCCAGGGAAUUCGAGAGGAGCUGUCAAAGUAAAGGAAUCCACAGAGGGAGCUGAGGGUGCUGCAGAAACUGCCAGAUGCCCCCCAGAGGGAUCUCAUAAAUCUCUGAAGGAAGACCUAAAACCAGCCUGCCCAGUACAAAAAGGAACUGAAAACUUACCUCAGCCCUCCUGUGCCAAGGGGAAAGAAGACACUAAGAAGAGGCCUGGGAAACACUCAGAGAACACAGCACAGAAAGCUGGGGGGAAAGGGCCUAGUUUAUCAGAAACCGAACAACAGGAGCUGAAGCAACGGGAGGAAUAUCUGAAGAAAAAACGAGACCUGCUGCUGGCCACGAAGAAAGAGUCCAAACCCAGGGCACCAACACCCCCCACCACAGAGCAGAAAGAGGAGGAGACACCCAGACAGGAAGUGUCAGAAGAGAAGCAGAGGUUGCUCCAGAAGAGGAAGAUGCUGGCAGAGAAACUAAAAGAAGAGGUUAUUAAUAAGCGAUAGCUUUAAGAGCUCCUUGCAGGCCCCAGGAACAGAAGGGUGUUCUUAGAACAAAUUCUGUCAUCACUGAGUGAGGGGGUUUGGUUUCCAGUCUCACCCUUUAGCUUUAUAGAUCUCUCAGACAAGCAGCUCCAUCCUUGGUAAAUCAGUAUUUCGGUUACACUGACACACAGCACGAGCUCUCCUUUUCCAAGCGCUGGGAAUUCCCUGGCUGUCCAGCAGGGAGGCCCUGGGACACCCUGCACUGCCCAGCCCUGGCUUGGCCUCUGCAGAGCCUGGAGAAGGGAAGCAGAGAUGGAGAGCAGGUGAAGUCAUUCCUAUGGCAACAAGUCAGAGCUAGACAUUGUAACUUUGGCAUUUUUAACAGCACAGGACUUGGUCCCUUUAUUAGCCCGUUAUAAAAUCACUCUUUGGCAGCUGUGCAAUGUAAUAAAGUCCAAUUCCCCAAGGAAGUGCAACCUUGGCCACCUCAUUUUAAAGAAAGGUAGUGCAGCUUAGGGGUGUAAGAAUGAACUCCAGCUCACAGCCUUUUACGGACUGCUGGGGCACUUUACCAGCCCCAGGGCCCAAGUUUGCUACAAACACAACUUAAAUUAAAGGAAUUGCUUCAGUUGCAAAGUCGGGGCUGUCCCCAGAAACUCCCUUCCAGAGUAGGAGAAAUCGUUUUAAAUCCUUUACUGGUUUGGCCUUGAGACACUGAAGUGGGGAGACCCCCCUUUGCCCAGGGCAUCACACCCCUGACUGCCCCAGCAACCCACAGGAAAAGAGACAAACCCACCUGGUCAGGUUCCACGUCAUUUUUAUUAAAAUAGCAUUUAUAACUGGU